GAGUUUGAUUUGUAUAUUUUUUGGGCAAGGUGAUCGACCGUUGGGGGCGCUGUAUCAAAAACAAGAAGGCGGCGUUAUCAGGGCACUUUGUUUACAUAUUUUUUUCCCAUGAAUAGCCAUUAAAUAACCUCAAGACAUCUACGGUGGAUUAAAUUCGGGUAUAGUGACCUAGUGACUACAUAAUAUAUUGCCUGACCAGGCUUGACCCUUGCUGAUGAAACGGGGAUUUCUUUUGCCAUGGCCUUCAAGAAGCGAUUAUUGAAAAUAAGUUUAAUGGAUUGAAAACCGGUCUCUAAUCAUGGCGAAUUUGUGAUUACUGUUUAUUUGUAUCUUGUAUCCCGAUAUCACAUAAACACUGUGUCAUCUCUGAAAUUAUCAAACCUAUCAACCGGAGGAAUAUGCAGAAUGCAGGUGAAGUUUUUGUACUAUAUGGUAAAAACUGAUAAAUGUUUUGUGUACUGAAAGUCGAGAACUACUGAAGAAUUGUAUCCAUUAUGACAAUAAGAAAUUAUACACAUGUUCAAAUGGGAAAUUAUUUUAUCAUCGCAGCAUCAUUAUUAUUGAAUAUAAUAUCAAUAUCCUGCCAAGAACUGAUAUCACCUUGUCCAAGACUGUUUACCUAUGAACCAAGAAAUCCCAACGAACCUGAUAAGUGGUAUGGGAGGAUCAGCUUGUUGUCUGAUUCUGAUUUAUCUGGAGUGUGGCUGAGAAUCAUUUUAGAUAAAAAAUCCAUACAGUUAGGGAACUGGUUUGGAGAGGUGAAGACUGAUGAUAACAAAGAAUAUUUAAUCAAAAACCGCCAGAAGCAACUCAAAGCCAACGUUCCGGACUUCGUGAGGUUCUACAUCAAACACGAUAUGAAUGAACCGCCUCCCAGAUUGACAGGUUUUCGACUGAACGCCAAAAUGGUGUGUCCUGAAGGUGGUUUACCAACAGAACCAACCACGCCGCCCCAGCAGUGGUUCACUAGCGCCGAACUGACAACCACGCCAGCUCCGGUUGUUCAUUCAGUAACAACACACGUACCAGAUGUAGCUCCAAGUAUCAGUGAAAUAUCUGAGGGUACUGAACCCUUUGUACGUCCACCGAGUAACGAAAAUGGAAACACAGAAGAAGACGAUUUUUUCACAGGAGAUUUUUCAUUCUUCGGUAAACCUCAGAAACCACUUUUCGAUGAAAGCACAUGUGGAACAGUCAUAAAACAACCCAGGCCGUUGAUAACCUAUGGCCAAGUGACACAAGAAGGUGAGUUUCCAUGGCAUGCAGCACUCUACCAUGCUAGAGGAAUUGAUCUGUCCUACAUUUGCGGUGGUACCCUAAUCAGUAGAUAUCACAUUGUGACUGUUGCACAUUGUGUUACUAGAAGAUCGGUACAGUCCACAUUGAAUCCCAGCAGCCUUGUUGUAUAUUUGGGGAAAUUUUAUCUGAAGGUGUGGUCGAAUCCAGGAAUCCAAGAUAGACAAGUUGAGAGAAUAUUUGUUCAUGAAAGGUAUAACUCUCAUGCAUUCAAAAAUGAUAUAGCUGUAUUGAAAUUAUCAACUCCAAUUGAGAUAACUGAUUACGUGAGACCAGCGUGUUUAUGGGAAGAACAACAAACUUUGGAAGCUGUGAUAGGCAAACUAGGUACUGUGGUUGGCUGGGGAUUUGACGAAAACGGUAAAGUUACCGAACAACUGACCAAGGCGCACAUGCCGGUGGUAUCACAAGAGACUUGCAUAUACUCGUUUCCAGACUUUUAUUCCAGAUUCACCUCCGAUCACACAUAUUGUGCCGGAUUCAAAAAUGGUAAGGCUCCUGAAAAUGCUAGUUACGCAAUACAGGCAACGAAUAGCAACGGCUACUUUAACUACGUCGUCCAAAUGUUUCGAUUUAGAUAUUCUCCAGGAUUCACAGCAUAUGAUAUCACAACAGGUACAUCUGUGUGCAACGGCGAUUCUGGUGGUGGAAUGGUAUUUCCGAAAAGAGGUUCCAAUCCAAACAAUCCUAUCUGGCAACUACGAGGAAUGGUAUCAAUCAGCGUUGCCCUACAGAACCAAGUCCGAUGUGACUCGAGCCACUAUGUCGUAUUCACUGACACCGCUAAGUAUUUAGACUGGAUAAAAAAAGCUUUGAGAUCUUGAUUAAUAUGAAUGGAAAUCAAAGAAAAAAGUUUCGUAGGAACUUCAGAUUAUAUUUUUUUACUUUUACUAUUCGAUGGAUAUCAAUCUAUUAUAAAAUUUCUUUGUUCCUGAUCUUUCUUAUUUUACUAGGUAUAAAUGACUGGUGUGCCCUUUUUGUUUUUUAAUAUAUUUAUUACAAC